GCCACAUCUCUCACAAUUCUAUUCAUAGAAACCCUGAGGUUAACGCACAUGUGCAGUGCUCAAAGUUCAGGCUGCCUCCUGGGUGAAAAAACCCAAGAUAGCCAAUAAAGGACCUGUUUUUCUGAAGCUGUCAGUCAGUGAGUGAGAAGCGAUGGUGACAGAACAGAGCGAAACAACUCCACUGCUUAUCAAUCAGCCAAAACAAACAAGAAAUGGCUGGCUCUACCUCGCAGUGCUUUCAGCAGUUUUGGGCAACUUUAACUUCGGAUUUUCUCUGGUGUAUCCCUCACCGGUGAUCCCCAAGCUUCAAAGUAGUGAUAAUCCACGUCUGCACAUGGACACCCAUCAGAUUUCCUGGUUUGGUUCUAUUUUCACACUCGGAGCUGCAGCAGGGGGUCUGAGCGCAAUGUUGAUGAACGACAGAACUGGACGAAAGCUGAGCAUCAUGUUAUCUGCAGUGCCAUCCACUGUAGGCUACCUUCUGAUGGGUGCAGCGCAGAACAUUUGGAUGCUCCUCCUGGGCAGAUUUCUCACCGGCUUUGCUGGUGGAAUUACCGCCAGCUCCAUUCCUGUCUACGUAUCUGAAAUUUCACAUCCUGGUGUGAGAGGUGCUCUGGGAUCUUGCCCUCAGAUCACAGCUGUCUUUGGAAGUCUGGCACUCUAUGCUCUUGGCUUGGUUUUGGAUUGGCGGUGGCUGGCGGUAGCUGGGGAAGUGCCUGUUCUGCUUAUGUUAAUCCUCCUCUGCUUCAUGCCAAACUCCCCACGUUACCUCAUCAGCCAAGGCAAACGUGACGAGGCCUGCAGGGCCCUUAAAUGGCUCCGGGGGCCUGAUUCAGACUACAUGACUGAGCUCAAUCAAAUUGAACGCAGCGUCAACUCACAGGUUGGAUUACAAUGGUCUGAUCUCAGGAGUCCUUUCUACUACAAGCCAAUCAUGAUCUCUGUGUUUAUGAGGUUCCUGCAACAGAUGACAGGGAUAACACCCAUUUUAGUUUAUUUGGAGCCUAUCUUCCACAAAACAAACAUUUCACUGGAUCCCAAGUAUGAUGCAGCAAUAGUAGGAGCUGUAAGGCUGUUGUCUGUUAUGAUUGCAGCCAGUUUAAUGGAUAGAGCUGGCAGAAAAACUCUACUCUUCACAUCAGGAUUUCUGAUGUAUUUGGCCAUGCUUUCAAUGACCAUGUACACCCUCAAAGCAUCAUGUGAUGUCAGCAAUGUUACUGUCGAGGCAAGUGGGCAGCUGUUAGAGGGGCAUGGAGCAGUGAUGGGUCCUCUCACAAACUCCAUUACACUUAUUCCCCUCAUCAGCACUAUGGUCAUUAUAUUUGGUUAUGCAAUGGGUUGGGGUCCAAUCACGUGGCUGCUAAUGUCAGAGAUCCUGCCAUUGGGGGCGCGUGGCAUAGCGUCCGGUCUGUGUGUGGUGGUCAGCUGGGUCACUGCUUUCAUACUGACGCAACUCUUCAUGCAUGCAGCGGACGCUUAUGGGAUGUUCGCACCGUUCCUGUUCUUCUGUGUAAUCUGCGUGGUGAACAUCAUAUUCACAGCCAAGUGCGUGCCCGAAACGAAGGGACGAACGCUGGAGGAGAUCGAGAACUAUUUCAGAACUGGACGCUCCUUCACCAUUCUUGACAGUUAGCGUAAAUCUUUUUUUUUGUUUUGUUUUGUUAUCAGGAGUUUUCAUUUUAUCAUGUGAACAAAACGAGAACAAACACAGUUUGCAGUCCUAGAAACCCCUGGUCAAGUUACAUUUUGUAGAUUUUCUAAGUGAACACAUCUUCUACAGAGAGCACACCUCUCACAUUUAAAUGCACAAUUACUGCUUUUUUUGCUGAAUUUAACAUAUUUGGGAAAAAAAUAAAACAGAAUAAAAACAUUAUGGCACGUAAUGUUUUCAAUAUGUUACAUACCAUUUUUCUCCAAUAUAUUAAACUGAGCAAAAAAAAUAGAAAUUAUGCAUUAAAAUGUGCAGAAAAAUUAUUUAUAUAUUAUACUUAUGUAUAAGCGUGUUCUCUGUAGUGGAUGUGUUAACUUGACUGAGGGGGUCCAAACAGCAACUGUACAUCGCUGUUUUCAAGCAGUUGUUUUGUUUUUACUGUAUAUUUUAGGUGUUUUACUGUAUAUUUAGGUGUAGUUAUUUGCUAUACUGUGAAAUGAAUGGCAGAUACUCAGGGGAUUUUUACAGGGAGUGGUUGAACCUGUUCUUCGUACAUGGUUUAUUGUCAAGCAAAGUUGAAAAUGAAAUCUAAGAGCAAAUUGGAAACCGAAAGAUACCAAAAUGUCCUACACCCUGUUUAACACUGAGUAAUAAGCUGAGAAGCCAUUUUCAACUAAAAGUCCUUCUCUUUUUGUUUCCUUUGGUGCACCACACUUGCAAAACUAGACCCGAAUUGCGAAAGACAGUGGCUGCUCAUGGACAAAACUGAAGUGACUCAUGUCCAGGCAGAAAUUUCUGAUCAUCUGUCACACUAUUAGUUACUCAUAUAUACUCACAAAUACAGUAUAAGUACGAGUUCCCAAUUCACUAUCAGCAGCAGAAGUGUUGAUUUCUUUUAUUUUGUUUCACAUUUACAUUCAUCGGUGUGUGCAAAAGUGAAAAUAUGUUAACACGUCUUCUGCAGAGUGGGUAUAUUUUAAUGCAGAAUUACUGCUUAUUGAAUUUAACUUAAAAUGUGGUCUGUGUUCCCAGUAGAGGAUGUGUUCACUUAUUUUCCCUUCCACAAAAAACAUGCAAUUUGACCAGGGGUGUUAAAACUUUUGCAUACAACUGUAUGUUAUCUAGUAGAUGUUCUUGUAAGUGACAGUUUUAUUCAUGUUAGAAAGGUAGGCGAGUGUAGCAUUUGGAGUCUAGCCCAAGGAUUCUUAUUAGUGUAGCAUAGUGUGGUGGCCCAAGCAAAGAAUUGACCCCCAGUUUGCCAAGUGGAGGGCAAUAUGCUAUACCAACCACUACAUAACUGCUAUAAUAAUAGCAUUCACUAAAAUAUUAGGAUAUUUUAUAGCAGUCAUUAGGAUAUAGAAGGUAUAACCUCUUUUGUUUUCUCCAUCAGUCACAGUUCAUUCUGAUGGUAAGUUUUACUUACUGGAGAUUGCCAGAGGAUGUGUUAAGUGACCAGUGCAGUGGAGUCUUUCCUGUUCCUGUAGUUCUGUGUUGCCUUAAAGCUGCUGGUGGAAUUAAUGCUGCUCACUCAGAAAUGCUUGUUGUUUGGGAAAUAAUAAUAAGUAACAAUCUAAACAAAUUAUUUAGAUGAUCAUUUAUAAUCUUUUUUUAUCAUUUGAUACCAUUUUGAAUACACACUACUGUUCAAAAGUUUGAAAUCACUGUUUUCAGUAAUAUAAAACCAAUAGUGUUGCAGGUGCAUAUACCAUGAUGCUAAUACUAUAAAUAGUGCAACAGUACAGAUGCUGAAAUGUUUGUGUGAUAUGAAUUGAUGAAAAUAUCAUUUUCCUUCAUUUGAUGUAGAAAUUCACACUGUUUUGUUUCAAUCCAAAUAUUGAUUUGUGUUGAAUUAACAAAUAAAGUUAAACUGCUUGUUACCACA